GACUCACGUCUCGUCGCUCGUAGGCGCGCUACGAAACUCAAUACGACAUUUCCAUACAUUUUUUUCUAUUUCAAAUUAGUAUAUAUUUUUUAUUUAAUCUUAAUAAUAAAAAAUAUUAUCUACUAAUACUAAUACGAAAAAUAUAUAGUGUAGUUUUAAUUGAAGUUUUUUUUUCUUCAUACAAUAUUAGGUUUAAUACUGUGUUAUAAUAUUAAAAAUAUAUAGUGUAGUUUUAAUUAAAUUUUUUUUUUCUUCAUACAAUAUUAGGUUUAUUUAAAUGACUGGAAAUAUAAAAUGAGUGUGGAAUUAUUAAACUUACUGAGAAAUGAAGCAAAAAUUACAAGAAAUGCAAAAACGCAAGGAGGCGGCAAUCAUUGGUUUCGGAGGAAGGAGGCCUUUCGUGCCAAACGUGGCGUGAUCUCUUCAGCUCCGGGGAAACAGCGGCCUCGACGCCAGAUAGAAGCUUCAGGAACGGACACCCCCGCCGAGGUGUCGAGUCGACAGCAGACUGCACCCUCGUCGCGAAUCUCCGCGGGUGAGAGCGAAUGGAGUGGCGCCACCGGCGGUCCCCCCGCGGAGGUGGUGCUCCGCCUGCACCCCUCCGCCACUUCUACUCCUCGUGCCAACGUUUCCUUAGCUGAUAUUGAUGGUAGCGGCGUGGUGGUGCGGGCAGAGGAAGCACUGAUCGUAGCAUUCGUGUUGCUUCUAUGGAUUGCUGCUAUAGCACUCUUCUUCAACCGAUGGGGCAAGAUCAGGUGCGUCUAUAAGCUGAUGUUGGAGCCGUACCAGCCGAAGUUCCAACAACAGCACCGACAGAGCUGCGCCCUCGCUGAAGCUUCCGUCUCAGUACCUCCUCAUCACCGAGCGUCGCUUUCGCGAGGCUGUGUGUCGUAUGACUGCGGCGGUGCCUUCCCGCCUUACCAGCCAUGUGGGUACCUAGCACACCGCCCGAGACAGAACUCCGUCUUCGUCGGGAGCAUGGGGGGCAUGGCUCUCAUACCGGAGAGCCCUCCACGGCGGUCUCGCUCGGCAGCCGACCUGCCCGCCCUGGUGCCUCCCGCCGACCACUCCCGGCCAGUGACCCCGAGGUCGUCUCGAGCAGCUAGUCUCCACAGCGCCGUCGACCUCAGAGUCUACGUCCCUUCCCCCCGGACCUCAAGAGCAGCUAGUCUACAUUCAGCUGUUGAUAUGCCCUCAGGAUCUGUGCAAGUCCACGCGAGGGGAUCCGGCUCGAAUCUGAACAGACCAAGAAGUCCUAGAAGACUCACAAUUACUAACGUUUAAAAACUAUUUUUAGAUUAAAUUUAUUUUUGUUUUCAAAUUUAAAAUCAAAUUCAAAAUUCUUUAUUCAAUUUAGGAUCAUAUACAUCACUUAAUUGACGUCAAAAAAUUACUUAAACUAAGUCUACUGCCGACUUCCAAAGCGCUGGUGAAGAAGAAGCGGCGCAACAAACUUCACCGCAGCCUUUUAAUGUAUUAGUUUAUUGUAAGUCAUUAGUUUUAAUUUUAAAUUCAGUUUUAAUUUAUUUACUGUAGUACGUACCAAAAAUUCGAGUGUUUUUAUAUUGCAACCAUAAACUAAAUAGAUUUUUUUAUUGUAUAGUUGCAACUUAUAAUUUUGUUUUCUUUGGUUGCAAUUAAUUUUAGUGGUGUUGUGUGUAUUAAGUUGAAAGCUAUAAGCUAUACUCUAUAGUGUGUUUCUAUGUAUGUUUAUACAAUAGUUUUAUAUAGUUUUUUUUGUGAGAAAUGAGAUAUACUAGUUUCAGAGAUUGUGUGUGAAAUAAUUAAUUAUAACUUUUAAAGUAUUAUUUUAUCAUUUAGAUAAAAUAUGUCAUAUAACUUAGUUUCAUUGUUGUAAUUAAUAAAUAAUAAUAACGCCUCAGUAAGCUUCCCAACAAUGAUUUUCCGAUUUUCAAUGACACUCUCUCGUACAUUAGGAAAGUGCAAU